UCCUUUCAAACAGCUUAUUUAAACCUGUGUAAAAGCUUAUUCAAUCACUCAUCAAGUUUACCUAUUUCAUGUGGAAGGUCUCCAUUAUCGGACACGCUGCCUCGACGUUAAACCCGGAGCAAUGCUCGCGACAAAAGUUGAUCGUCUGCUUCAGAUCGUGGCUUCUAGAGGAGCGCAGAUCUCUAAUUUGUCGAGUAAAUUACUGCCGAUCAACAACGUGGUGGCGUUUUCAGGCGGUGUGGACUCGUCGCUAGCUGCUGCGUUGGUGUUCCAAGUCUUCCCAGAUACAGGCGCUGCGUGUAUUGGGAGAUCCGCUGCGUUGUCCUCCGUGCAGCUUCGACAAGCCAGAGAAGUCGCGUCCCAUAUUGGAGUCCCAUUGUGGGAAUGCCACACGGAUGAAGCCAAACUCGAGGGAUAUGUCGCCAAUCAGGGCAAAAGUUGCUAUUAUUGCAAGACGACGCUGUACUCGACAUUGAAUCAAGUGGCAGAGUUUGCGUGGCAGGAAAUGCAACAACAUGGAGAAGAGAUUAAGCCUGUGCUAUAUAACGGCACGAAUGCUGAUGAUCAGCUGGAUCUUACCAGAGUUGGACUGGUGGCAGCUACCGAGUUCGAGGUAGUGAGUCCGCUUAGCGGUUUGACCAAGCAGGAGGUGCGAGAUGUGGCCAAGUAUUUGGGACUUCCGAACUGGAAUGCAGCAGCGUCACCAUGUUUGAGGUCGAGACUGCAGUUUGGCGUUGAAGCGACACAGCAACACUUGCAUCGGGUGGAGAAGGCGGAGGAGUUCGUACGUGAAUUAGUUCAUCUGGAGCCUCAAAUGAGCAUGCGCGUGCGAUUUCUUGCAGGCAACAAGGCUGCGGUUGAACUGGAUACUGAGGGGUUGGAGAAGGCGAUUCCUCACUUUGACGUCAUUGAUGCAGAGUUACGACGACUCGGAUUCAACGAUGUGGAUAUUCGUGCUUUUCGUUCUGGUAGUUUGAGCGGUUAUAACGCUAAUAAUGUGGUACAUCACACCCCAGCAAGAGAGGCUCGUAUAGACUAG